AUGUCUACUAGUCAACAAUAUAUUGUUAAUGCUCAUUACAAUGGGAGUGUUGUUGUAUCAGAUGAAGUGGGUUUGAUCUUUGAAAACACUGACGUAACUCGUUUCAGUGUUAAUAAAAGAUCGUCAUUCCAACAUUUUAAAGAUAGGGUAGAGAUGAAGGUGCAAGCUGGAUCAGUUACACAGAUUACGUACAAAAAUGUUGUCCAUUUCGGGGACCAUCGCUUUAAAUUUGUUCCAUUAAAGGUUCGUGACGACGAGGAUGUUGAAACGAUGUUCUCGAAUCAUUAA